CCGAUAUUUAUAGUCUUGGUUUAGUUUUUUGUGCUAUAUUUCAUGAAUGUUUUAUUAAUAUUCAAGACGAGAUUACGCUAACAUCAAUAAUCAAUGAACGAAACACUCAACUUUCGCCAGAUCCGAUUGAGGAGCCAUUCAAUAUAGGGGUACAACAGCUAUUACAUCGUGAUCCUCAGAAAAGGCCUCCAGCUCACCAAAUUGUGAAAACUAUUCAACCACUACUGCUGGGUGAUAUAGAAGGCUAUCGCGGAAAAGAUAACAAAAAGCCCCCUUUGGGAAUAUCAGAUGGGUUUUACAGUAAUUUUAUAUUAGAAUUCGAACCGGAAGAUAUUAUUCCCGAACCUUUCAGUAAUGGUUCACAUGAUUAUAAGGAUGUGAUUGAACGAUUCCGGAUAGAGUUCCAGGCAAGGCGCGGAAAUGCAGCUUGGAAAAUUCUUAACAGUAAACAAUUUUCGAACCUUCCACAAAAACAUUUUUAUCAUGGUCUCAUGUAUUAUAAAGGUGUUUAUCAAGAUCAAGACACUAAAAAAGCACUUGAACAUUGGCUAAAAGCUGCUGAUCUUGGAGAACCAAAAUCUCAGCAUAAUAUUGGAUUGUGCUAUGAAUUAGGUUUGGGCUUUAAAGAGUGGACAGAUCCAGAAGAAGCUCAGAAAUGGUAUACAAAAUCUCCACUCUCAUAUUCAAAAUGGAAUUUAGGAAUGCUGUUAGUUAAAUGUGCACUAGAAUCUACAGGGGAACAGCGUAAAAAGCUUUUCGAGGAAUCUAAAUUGUUAUUUCUUGACGCAGCAGAACAGGGAAAUGUUUAUGCAAUGAGUGUAAUUGCAGAAAGUUACAAUGUCGGUGAACUUUUUGAGAAGGAUUACAAAAAGUCUUUUUUUUGGUUUCAGAAAUUAGCCGAUACUGGUUUUACGUUUGCACUAGUUAAAUUAGCGUCUGCCUACAAUGAGGGUUUAGGAGUAGAAAAGGAUUCCGGUAAGGCCAAAGAACUUAUCGAGAAGGCAGCCCAAUAUGCAGAUCCGGAUGCAAAUAUAAUACUUUCACUUAAUAAAAUCGGCGAAGAGCGUAUUGAAUCUUUGGAAAAAGUAGCUCGAACUGGUUAUUUGAUGGCACAAACCCUUCUCGGUGAACAAUUACAAUUAGAAUAUGGUAAAUAUGACGAAAGAGCCUUGUUAUGGAUAAAAUUAGCAGCCGAAGGAGGACACGAACCAUCGCAGCAAACAUUAGGAAAAAUAUAUCUCUCAAAAUAUGAUUAUUUGAACGCGUUCUUUUGGUUUUCAAAAGCAGCUAAUAGUGACAAAUAUUCAGCAAGAAAGGUCGCAUGGUUUUAUAACAAAGGAAUAUGCGUUCCAAUUAAUAAUGAGGUUUCAAAUAUCUUCAAACUAGGAAGCAAUCCGACAAGAAAACGAAAACAUUCAAUGAGAUCGAGUAUAAAAAAGACUAGGAGAACAUACAGGAGAGCGCGUUCCUAA